AUGGCCAGUGCCUCGGGACAGGCCCUGCCUUCUCCCCCACCAGCUUACCUCCGAUCAUCGCCUCCAUUCACCCCAUCGCAAUCACCACGGACCAUCCCGCAACCCCAGAAUUUGAACGUCACCCGCAAACCAGUUCCUCAGUCCGAAACCUCUCCCAUCCUACAAAACUCCCCGCGCUCACCAGUCAAAAUCGCACAUACCGCAGAAAUUCCAGAUGCCUCGAGCGUGCGCAUCGAAAGCGAAUACAGUGGACCCACCACACCACAAUUGGAACUCACCGGGUUCGCAGACAUGUCCCUUGAAAGCCCCGUACAGCCACCUCAGCAGAGCUGGAAUCCUGCCCACCCCCCGCGGCGGGACUCAAUACAAGCCCCGCACUACACACACACGCAUCCGUACGGUCACACUCCAGCAAGCAGCGGCUCAUGGUCGGUGGUAGAGCCGAAGGGUGAAGGACACGGAAACCCGAAAAAGAGCGCCUCCUCGUUAGAGCGGGACGGUCAGAGCUAUAAUGGCUCUUCACGUGGAAGCAUAGAUAGUGUGGCGCUGGCAUCCGACAACUACGAACCUCUGACCUAUCACCACCAGCAACAGCCAGCUGGGGUAAAUGCGAGGAAACCUGCACCGAAUGCUGGAGAUCACCCAUCUACCUCAACGGAUAAGCUGGCCGCUAGGCGACCAAGGCUUUCACGGCCUCUUUCAACAUACUCUGUAACCUCAGAAGGUGGCCACCGACGGAACCUCUCCGCGUCUCCUUAUCUACAUGCGCGAUCCUCGUCUGGAACCCCCGACAACAGGUCUUCAUCAUUCCUCGACUUGCUAAACACAUCAUACCCACAGCCGGGCCCAACGGCAGCACGGUUUGACAAUUCGCGUCUCCAAGCCUCAGUCGGAAACAACGCCUCUCUUCUUAGCCACAAAGACACAUUCGAAAUGUACCUAGCGAACGUAAAGAAAACAGACGAGCCGACAGUGCUGUAUGAAUUUGCCGUCUUCAUGGUAAACUCGAUGCGCGAGAUGCCAGCCGUGGACCUCGACGACUCCAGCCCAAUAACGCGUGCCCGUUUACUCCGCGAAUCAAAAUCCAUCCUUCAACGCCUUGCGGACCGCAGCUACCCAUUUGCACAGUACUACCUCGGCGAUGGGUACGCAUCAGGUCUGUUCAAUAAAGGCGUCGAGGACCACGAUCGCUCCUUCCCGCUUUUCAUCGCAGCCAGUAAACACGGUCACGUGGAAGCCUGCUAUCGCACAGCGCUGUGCUAUGAGUUUGGCUGGGGAUGCCGUGCCGACGGCACCCGCGCAGUGCAAUUCUACCGCCAAGCAGCGUCGAAAAAUCACCCGGGCGCCAUGAUGCGUAUGGCCAACGCCUGUAUUGCUGGCGAUCUUGGGCUGGGUAAGCGAUACCGCGAGGGAGUGAAGUGGAUGAAGCGCGCGACCGAGUCUGCAGACACGCAGUAUAACGCCGGCCCAUACGAGCUGGGUCUAAUGCACGAAAAGGGAUUCGGAGACGAUGUCUUCCCCGAUGAGACUUAUGCGGCGCAGCUUUUCACCAAAUCCGCGGAGCUGGGCCAUGUGGAAGCCUGCUAUCGACUCGGUGAUGCGUAUGAGCAUGGGAAAUUGAACUGUCCACGCGACCCGGCACUCAGUAUCCAUUUUUACACCAAUGCCGCGCAGAAUGGGCAUCCGGUGGCGAUGAUGGCGCUUUGUGCGUGGUAUCUUGUUGGUGCGGAGCCUGUGCUCGAGAAGGAUGAGAAUGAGGCUUAUGAGUGGGCAUUCCGGGCUGCGCAUCUCGGCCUCGCGAAGGCCCAGUAUGCUGUCGGCUACUUCACUGAAAUGGGUAUUGGCUGCCGUCGUGAUCCUCUCGAGUCGAACGUUUGGUAUGUCAAGGCAGCGGACCAGGGCGAUGAACGGGCCAAGCAUCGAAUCGCUACAAUCCGAGCUGCGGCAGAGGGUUCACUUCCAACCGCGGGUGGACGUACUGGAGCGACGCGCCAUGGAGGCCGGCUUAAGAAAGCUGAGCGCAAGGAGCAGAGUCCAAGUCAUGGACAGGGUAGGUGA